CCAGCAAAAUCUUUUCACUUACCCAUAAACAAAAUGUAACUUUGGCCUUUUCCUGUGUGUCCCUCCAAUGAACCGAAAAUGGCAGCUCCUGGCUGUAAGUCUUGUCGUGGGCCUGACUACCGUCUGUGCCUCCUUUGCGGCAGGUUUUUACACUCAUCACGAGUUUGCCCGUCGAAGAUUGCAGCAGUUGAUACAGGAAGAUCCCUAUGCCUACUACAUUAGUCCCAAAAUCUAUAAAGUGUUUUCCUUUUUUAGAACUAAAGAUGAAGCCGAUCAUCGCCUGAGGCAGAUCAUGAAGUAUGGCUUCCCGGGUCUCGAUGAUUUACGGCUGUACAGUGACUUUGUGCUGUCGUACGAUCGACGGAAUCGUGUGGCCCAUUGGGUGUGCGAGCAUCUGCAGGUGGACACACUGCAAUCCAGCCAAGCGAAUCGUGCACGCGCCACGUAUCGACCGGAUCUGAGUGUGCCCUCGAAUUUCCGUUGCACUCUCGCGGACUAUCGACGAUCUGGCUUCGAUCGUGGACAUCUGGCGGCUGCUGGCAAUCAUCGUGCACUCCAGAGCCACUGCAACGAGACCUUCUUCCUGACCAACAUUGCACCACAAAUAGGUCGUGGCUUCAAUAGCGGUGCUUGGAACAAACUGGAGAUCUAUGUGCGGGAUCUAACCCUUCGCUUUGGAUCGGUCUACGUCUGCACGGGUCCACUGUACAAGCCCAAGCAGCGCGCGGGUGGCAAACUCGGCGUGGAGUUCGAGAUGAUUGGCUUGAAUAUGGUGGCCGUGCCAACGCACUUCUUCAAGGUCAUCAUGGUGGAGUCGAAACUGCCUCUGGGUAAGCCCUAUAUGGAGGGUUAUGUUCUGCCCAAUACUGCGCUGCCAGAUGGCCUCGAUUUGCGCUCCUUCCUCUGCGACAUCCGCGAGAUUGAACACUAUGCGGGUCUGAAGUUCUUCGAUGGCCUACGAAAUGCAGUCUUUGGCAGCAAUUAUCCAAGGGAAUCUCAGGUUUUUCGAGUUUUCGGUUGACAAAUAACAAAUAAACUGAGGGGGACGAAUAUACCGUGCAAAUAUACCGUAAUAU